AUGGUCGAACAGGUGUCUCUGGCCCAUAUUCCGCCGGAGCUGGCGGUGUAUGUUGCCCUCUAUACGGAGCUCGAGAACGCCGCCUUCCUUCGCGACCAGCUAUUAGCGGGGAACACGGAUUUCGAAUAUGCAUUCAUCGAUGCGAGCAUGGUCGUCUCGCGAAAUCAAGUGCUUGCUGCUACCUUUCGUGCUUUGAACGAUUACCUUCAUGACCGCCUCAAGUCCCGCAACGUUCAUUCUGAGAUCGUCUUCUCUUUAAGCCCAAAUAAUAACAUCGGCGAAGCCUUCCGCAGGUUUGGCAUCAGCGCUGACACCAAGGACUUGAUCGUGGUCAAGGUCACUACCACGCCAGACGUCAACCUGGAGACAAUUCAGGCGCAUCUAUCCACUGCAGUCAAAGCGCAGGAGGUUCAACUCGUCGAUGAUUCCCUAGCUGAGUGCAGUGAUCUUGCACGGAUUCGGAGGGUGUACAAACUACCUGUCCCGGCCUCCAACAAGCCAGCAAACGGCGUACAACCGUCACGUAGCGAUCGGAAUCAGCUCGAGGCCCAGAUACUGGGCGUAAUGGCUCUAAGAGGCGCGACCUGA